AUGAUCCUGCCACGUAUGGCUGCACAUCAUCUCCCUGAAGCAUGAGUGUAAUAUCCACUUCAGUUCCAAGAGCAAGAACAGAUAUAAAAAGAAGAAAUAUCUGGUCAAAACAAAACAAAAAAUGUUUCUUUCUCCAAAUUGUCAAGUAUAUUGAAGCAUUUGUUCUGGUACAAAUUGCAAUUCUUUUGUCAGAUAGUUUAACUAUAAUUUGAUUUUUUUUCUCAUUUUAUAAUUAUAUAUAUUUAUAUAUGUGUGUGUGUGUACUGACAAUUCAAGUGUUUAAAAAAAAAGUUUUUGUAUGUGUAUAUAAACAUGUGACAUGAUUGACUGAAUUCCCAGGGUAAUAACAAUGUAAACUGAAAUUCCUAUCCGACAGCUCAAUGCUUCUCAAAUAGGAACUUAAAGUCCCUGUCUAGACCUGAAUCUCGUAUCCUGUUAUUUUCAUAUUGUUUGUAGAUGCAGUUCAGAAGGACUGCAGUUCACACCUGGCAUCUAAAUGCAUUUUUAAUGCAUCUAAUGUGAGCAUUUUUGCCUGGGUUUUUCUAAGUGGUUCAUGUUUGGUGUUAUCUAACUAGAAUGCUGUCGGAAGAGACAUUGUGGUUCAUAGCGUGAACCGUUCCGAAACAUCUGGGCUUCUAGUACAGUGGUUCUCAAACUUUUUUAAUUGAUCCACGUCCCUGUGAAAUACGUUUUCAGCAAAGAACCCCCUAACUAGGGCAACACAUUUUUGGUUGGACAAAAGGUGUAAUACACAGUGCUGUGCCAUCAGUGUCUGAUUUACUAUAGAAUAUAGACAAAUAAUUUUCUGAACUGACUUAUAUUUUAUUGUAUAUGUAUUAAAUAACCAUUUUUAAAGAACUUUUGAAUGGAUGCGAAUUUUAAAUUAUUAUUUAAAUAAAUCUCACAUUCACGUACCCUCAGGGGUACACAAACCCCCAUUUGAGAACCACUAUUCUAGUAGAUCAUGAUAGCUAAAUCGGUGUUUCCACAAUAAAUGUUUUAAGACGAAUCGGCAGCAUUAUGUACAUUUUGAGAAGAAUAUGCCGAUCAUAUGUGCAACAGAAAAAUGUAAUAAAAUGGCAAAUUAUGGGAAAUUACAUUUUUAAACUAGAAAUUACACCAGUACCUGGGGCUAUACUUUUCUAUACUUAUAUUGAAUUAAUUUGUUGGAUAGUAACAUGAAGAAACACAUGAAUUUGUAAACAUUAUUCUGAAAUAUAUAAAACAUGUCUUGAAAUACAAUUUUAGUUUGUUUUAUGUUGUAAAUCUGACUACAUCGACCUUUGAAGAUACAAGAUAUGAAUUUAUAUUGUGAGAGCGUUGUCUGUUAAUCUCCUUAUUGGGAUCUCCACUACACAUGUUGAAGCUAAGCCUUAGAAAUGAUCAAACGUGUCAUAACGUAAACACCAAAAUGGAGGCUGUUUGAUUGUUCAAUCGAGUCGGUAAAUAUAGGAUUAAAACAUUUCCAUUGCAAAUGAGUUUUAAAACAACUUAUUUGAGAAAUUUCAUGAGGGAACCAUUUUUCCGAAAUGGUGCGAAGACGAGAAUACAAAUAAAAAAACACCAGUUGAAGGUUUGAUAGGAGUUGCACACAGCUAAUUGUAUGGGUCAGUUUAUGGACUUAAAUUUAAUAUGUGUGUAGUUAUCAGAAUUACAGGUUCUCACAUACAUGAUUUUGACAUAUCAAAUAUAUUGAAUUGGUAAAUGGCACGUGUUUCUGCAAUAUGUGCAUUCUUUUUUAUUAGGACUUGAUCAUCAGAGAUAACUCAGAUUAAAGAAUGAAUGCAUAUGUUAAGAGAUUGCUGCAACACGAUAUUGAAUAGUAUUUUCAAGGAACAGUUCACACAAAACAUAAAUUAUACAUAUUUUUCUCUUACCUGUCGUGCUAUUUAUAAAUCUGGAUUGUUUUGGUGUGAGUUACCUUGUUACGGGUAGUUUAUUUCCAUAUAGUCACAUUAUUUUCGAGACGAGGCUGAAAUAUAUAUAUAUUGUUGACUUAAAGGUGUACUGUCCGUUUAAAUCUAAAAACGAAACUUAAAUUACUUUAGUGUGAUCAGAAAACGAAACAUAAAGGAUCUUGAUUUAAAUCACUUUAACAGCAGAUUAUUUUCUAAACAAUAUAUUUAAUUUCCUUGAGGUGAAACCUUUUAUUUAUUUAUGUUUUCGUUAAUUCACAACAUAUAGAAGAGGCGGAAGGAGGCGAGGGAGCAAGAGUGGUAGGUUUUAGCAAUUUUGUCCCACCGUGCUUGCCCUAGUUCCGCGUUAGUGAUUCCUCCGCUACACAUAUCAUAUUCCUUCGUAGAUAAACGUACGUCAGUCAAACUUUGCUUGCAACACAGCUUAUUUUAUGCCACUACUCUCGCAAUGUAACUAAAUGUUAAACGGCAGCUCUGACCGAACGGAACUGCUCGAUAUAUAACAUCAACAGUCAAAACGGUUCAGGUCCACAAAAUGAACAACACUGAGUGUAAGAUCGUUUCCAGUCGCAGCUUUGUGUAAAUAGUUCGCAGACACAACUUCUCCACCACAGCACUCGGGCUUCUCCAGUGACGAGGUCAUCAUGGGUCGUGGUGGGUCUAACCUCACGGCAGCUGCGCUCCUGCUCGUCUCUGCUCUGGCAGCGUGCGCGUUCAUCAACCACGUGACCCCGCUGCUGAGAUCGGGCUGUGCAAAGCGAAAUGCAACAAACGCGCACGAAAGACUCGGUGAUAAUCCAACACACCGGCGGGAUAAUACAGCGGAAACGAGCUCGAGAGAGACCGAUAUUCCCAGAGAUGACGCAUGCGCCAUGGCCCCAGAGAGCCGGUUUGAUUGUGCCAGGGACAGGCUUCUGAGCCGGAGGGGGUGUGAAGAGAGGGGAUGCUGCUACGCCCCUCUGCCUCACUCUGCAGGACCACCUUGGUGCUUCUACCCCAGUCGGUACCCUGGCUACAGAAUGGGUCCCCUCACGCCCACCGUGCGAGGCCAGGAGGCCACCCUGACCCGGGCCGCCCCCCCACGUCUCCCCAGAGAGAUCUCCCCUGUCCACCUAGAGGCCACAGGGGAGACUGCAGGCUGCUUCCAUCUCACUUUAAAGGACCCGUCAUCUCAGAGAUAUGAAGUCAAACUUCCAGCUGGUGUUCCUCAGAGCGAAGCUGAUACUACUAAAGAUGCCCUUUAUUCCACUGAAUACCAGUCUGACCCGUUUGGCUUCAUAGUGCGGCGCAAAUCCAAUGGACGGGUCAUCAUGAACACCACAGUCGCUCCUCUGCUGUUUGCUGACCAGUACCUGCAGCUGUCCACCGCACUAGCAUCCUCCCUUGUGUCUGGUCUCGGGGAGCAUUACACCUCCCUCCUCCUGGACCUUAACUGGACUUCUCUGACUCUCUGGAACAGAAACAUGGCGCCUCAUGCCGACGCUAACCUCUAUGGCUCCCACCCGUUCUACAUAGUACAGGAGGAGGACGGCUCGGCACACGGCGUCUUCCUUCUUAACAGCAAUGCCAUCGAAGUGCUGCUGCAGCCGACCCCCGCUCUCACCUGGGUGGCUAUCGGUGGAAUCCUGGACCUCUAUGUUUUCUUGGGUCCUGACCCUCAAACUGUGAUACGACAGUACCUUCAAGUCAUUGGCUAUCCCAUGAUGCCUCCCUAUUGGUCAUUGGGUUUUCAUCUGUGUCGCUGGGGUUACACAACCACUAUGACUACCCGACAUGUGGCACAACGCAUGCACAAUGCAACGUUUCCCAUGGAUGUACAGUGGAAUGAUCUAGACUAUGCCAAUAAGGACAGGGUGUUCACCUUUGACCCCUGGCGAUUUGGGGACCUCCCAGAGAUGGUGAAGGACUUCCAUGAAAGAGGAAUGAAGUACAUCCUGAUUCUGGACCCGGGGAUCAGCAGCAGCAGCCCCCCUGGAACGUACUCGCCCUUUGAUGAUGGACUGAAACGAGACGUCUUCAUUAAAAAUGCUACCGGACACAUCCUGAUAGGGAAGGUUUGGCCGGGCCCUACUGCCUUCCCCGACUUCACCAACCCAGAGACCAGGCGCUGGUGGGAGGACUGCAUCAGAGAGUUUCAUUCUAAAGUUCCUGUGGAUGGCCUGUGGAUUGAUAUGAAUGAACCAGCCAGUUUUGUGCAGGGCUCAGUGGAGGGCUGUCCUGACAGUGAUCUUGAGAACCCACCCUACACACCCAAGGUGGUUGGAGGCCAGUUGAACUCGGGAACUCUUUGUAUGUCGGCUCAGCAGAAGCUGUCAACCCACUACAACCUGCACAAUAUGUACGGACUGACUGAAGCCGAGGCCACGCACAGUGCACUCCUGAACAUACGAGGGAAGAGACCCUUCGUCCUGUCUCGCUCCUCCUUCCCUGGCAUCGGGCGCUUCUCUGCAGUGUGGACAGGAGACGUCAGGAGUGACUGGGAGCAGCUUCGAUUCUCCAUCCCUGCGGUGCUGCAAUUCGGCCUGUUCGGCGUGCCCCUUGUGGGGGCGGACGUCUGUGGCUUUGGGGGGAACACCACCGAGGAACUGUGUGUUCGAUGGAUGCAGCUCGGGGCCUUCUACCCGUUUAUGAGAAACCACAAUGACAAGCCGAACGCUCCUCAGGAGCCCUAUGUAUUUGGGCACAAGGCCCAGGCAGCCAUGCGGAGUGCGUUGAACCUCCGAUACUCCCUUCUCCCUUUCCUCUACACACUCUUCCAUCAUGCACACACUUCUGCUGCCACCGUGGCCAGGCCUCUCUUCAUGGAGUUUCCCACUGAUGAUAACUGUCGGGCCGUAGACCGACAGUUCCUGUGGGGGAGUUCGCUUCUCAUCAGCCCCGUCGUAGAGCAAGGGGCAGUAGAGCUGGCUGCUUACCUGCCCUAUGCCACUUGGUACAGCCUGAACAAUGGUCAGCCUUUCUACAGUAAGGGUCAGUACUUGCUCCUGCCAGCCUCUCUGGACACCAUCAAUGUCCAUGUGAGGGAAGGACAUAUUAUCCCCCAGCAGGAGCCUGCUCUGACAACCACAGCCUCUCGCAGAAAGCCUUUCUUCCUGACCGUGGCCCUGUCAGCAGGCGGCUGGGCCUGGGGCGACUUGUUCUGGGACGACGGGGACACACUUCACACUUUUGAAACGGGACAUUAUUGUUAUAUUAUCUUCACUGCUGGCCAGUCUCAGGUGUUGAGUGAUCCUCAAAGGAUGAACGGGGCCCUGGAUGGUCUGGUGCUUGGAGGGCUGCAGGUGUUCGGGGUGCCCUCACCACCUCGAUAUGUAUUAGCCAAUGGGGACAAAGUCAGGGAUUUCACGUACCGCAGUGACACCAAGGUCCUGACAGUGACCAGCCUUGCUUUGCCAAUGUCCGAGGUGUUUACAGUCCAAUGGGCUCUCUGAUGCACUGGACCUUAUGGCAGCCUUUGCAUUUAAUGCUGUGAAUAUCAGCUGCACAGGAGCAUGUUUUAAAAAAACAAAGGGAGCCAUCAUCUUGAUCUGUCGGAUUUUCCUGCGACGUAAUUUGUGCUGCUAACUGAGGAACUGAAUCAAGGCCGUGUGAUGUCUUUUAAAUGUAUAUAACUUAUUAAACUGUUUAUACUU